CGUGCAGCUCAUUACGUUUGAUCCGUGUAGAGCUCCUGAGCUCGCACUCGCACUUGCACUUGGCGGACAGACGCGCAGGACAGGCAGUGAUGUGCUGCUUCUGCUGCUGUUGAUACCGCGGGGCUCGAUUCAUCACAGUGCUCCUCUAGUCACGGUGAAGUGGUCUGGGAUUCCUUCAGUGCUUGGUCGGGGAUGCGCAUCUGGACCGGAGAGUGUGCCAGGGACCAUUACGCGUCGAGGCGCUCCGCUGUACCUUUCCCAGUCCCUCUACCCCCACAGAGGAAACAUUUACACCAGUCGAGGACAGUUUGGCUAUUUUUGACAGAAUGGCAGGAGCAAAGUGCCUUCUGAAGACGCCGAGUAACUUCCAGCCGUCUGCCAUGUUUGAAGGCUCAGAGUCUGUCGAGGUGGAGGGAGGCAGCACAGAGAGCACCAUGGCCUCGUCCAUCAGCGCUUGCAAGAAGGUGCUGAGCAGCAACAGCGUGCUGGACUCGUCGGAGUACUGGCUGAGGAAUGAGAAAGCUCUGUGCAGACUGGGCCUGAUGGACGACGACUCGGAGGGCAGCUGCACCGUGAUCUGUUUUGUAAAUCUGGACCCACAGAAAACGGACUGCCGUGAUGACAAAAGCAUCAAGAAAUUGGCUUCGGUGUCUCCAGAUCUGCCAAAGCUUGUUGAAUUACUGACCGUCCACCAGCCGAAAGAAAAUGAGCUCCUACUGCUCGGUGGCCUAGAAGCCUCAGACACAUGCCAAACCCUCCCACACUCCCCCUCUCAGGGCGGGCAGCAGCAGAGAGGUGCAGGCGUGUGUCUGGUUCAGUGUUCAGGCCAGAGACGCUCCACCCAACCUAGCAGCAUCAUUUUUGAUAUCAACAAGUUCCUGAUCGGUCUGCAGUGGGGAAAGGAGCAACAACUCCAACAGAGCAGAACAGCUGGGCAGCGAGUCGACGACGACACCAAUCGCUCCAUCUCGUCCAUAGAAGACGACUUCCUGACUGCCUCAGAACACCUUGGCGAUGACAGCGAGGAUGAUGGCUUCAGAAACGAACCAGAGAGUGGUGACCUGGCAGAGAGCUUGGUAGAGGUUGCACAGAAACGCUGUGUCAGACUUGCAUGUCAGAGGGGACAGCCGACCCAUCAUCAGAACAGCGAGGAUGCUGAGAUCAAAAGGGAAGGGCAUCAACGAGCAAGCCUCCACACUAAGGAGUCAGCUGGUCACUACGCCACCAAUCUGGCGGAGUCAGUACUGCAAGAUGCCUUCAUACGCCUUUCUCAAGAUGAAACCUCCUUUGUCUCUGAGGCGGCUGUCAGUGUGUCCUUCUCUAGUCAUCCUUCCAACUCCACUGUUCCUCCAAAGACCAGACAGCCUUCCCAACAGCGCACCUGCUCUUUUGAACUCCCUAAGAUUGUUAUAGUUCAAAGCCCAGACAGUUCUGAUGGGGCUGUAGAAUGGCCCGAGACCCAGGUGUCUCAGGUGCCUGACCAGGAUGUCACUACCAAAGGCAGAGAGGUGCCAGAGAAUGAAACACAGGCUCACAUUUCCCAUCACAAUGGAGGACACCCAUCCAAACAUGUAGAGAUGGCUUUGGCCUGUGCUGCAAGUGUCAUUGGCACCAUUACGACCCCACAGCUGACAGAACAGCUUGCCAUGGAAUCAGCUUCAGAGGAAGACACAGAGGAGGAGCUGCAGGAACCAGAGGAGAGAGGAGACUACUCCUUCUCCUCAGCCAUGUGUGGUAUGGCUCAGGUAGCUGGUGCUGUAGCAGCUGUGGAGCUAACAGAGGAGUCAGGGGAGUGUGUCUAUUCUGAUGCUGACUCUGCCGAAGCCUACACAGCAUCCCGUGGUCUGAUGUCUGCUGCUGAGGCCUCUACAGCUUUCACUCUGCACUGCAGUGUGGCAGAGGGUACGAGCGUUGAAGCAUUUCGUGCAAACAUUGCUGAGGUCCUACACAGGGAAGCAGCUGAGGUUCUGACUCAGCCACAAGGCUAUAGGAGUGUGGCCCACCUACUGGAGGCCACGCAUAACAAGAUAGUAGACGGGAUUACAUGUCCAAAAAAAUCCUACACAGAUGAAAGAGAGAUGGAUGAUUUGAUAAAUGAGGUGGCAGACAGCCUAUUCAAGCAUGCUUUAGAGAAAGCAAAAAAGAGAAAAGAACUGGAGGGUACUGGAAAAGAUGCACCAAACAUCCAGGUUUUUCUGCAGGACAGUGUAAACAGUUUGCUUUUUGAUAUCCUUUGCUUGACGCAGAAGAAAAUCAGUCACGUCUCUGGAUGUGACCAAGAGUCAUCUGAGACACAAGAGGGUGAUACUAGCAGUAGGGAGCCUGCUACGACCAAGGAUCCAUUAAGUCAACCACAGUAUUUAGUUGGCCAUAGCCAGUCCACUAAUAGUGAGAACUACAGCAGCGGGGUACACUACACAGAUAAGCGUACCAUGGUUCCUGGACUGAAGGAGAGAUAUGUGCUUGAGGAAAGUGAUUCUAUUGCAUCCUCAUCCAUAACACACAGCAAAGAGCAACAGCAGCAGUCAUCAUGCAGACAGGUUCAGCAGAGCAGCGGUGCCAUCAGAGAACCUUGGAGUGAAAUCCCCAUUCAUAGCACAGAGAAGAGGGGGCGAUUAGUGACAAGCAGUGAGAGCAGACAGGCCUCCCUCACACCCCAGUCCUCCCUCAACUCUUGCAGUUCUCUGCUCUAUUUGAGAAUGGACUCAGAAUCCAGGACACCUAUUACUUGCUAUGCUGAUGAUUUGGCUACCACAGUUGUGUCUAUGGCCACAGAACUAGCAGCCAUAUGUCUGGAGAACUCCACUGGGAAACAACCCUGGUUCUGUGCCCUAAAAGGAAUGUCCACCGAAGGGCCAGAAGCUUACUUGAUUCCUGCUUGCCGUACGGUCCUAAGAAGGAAAGAGGGUCAGAGCAGCAAUGCUGCCUCCAAGAAACAUCGGGCACCACGCCUCAGUGAGAUCAAGAGGAAAACGGAGGAGCAACCAGAGCUGAUGGAGCGAUUGGUGAACCGAGUGGUGGACGAAUCAGUCAACCUUGAUGAACCGCAGGACCCUUUUGCCCUCUUUGCCUCUGAAGUCACAGCCAGGAUCAUGAAUUGCCCUGAACUUAAUGUGGUGGAUACCUCCAAAACAGGCCAGACACGCAGCAGGUUGCAGUGUGAAAGGUGGAGCCGUGGAAAGGCAUCUAGUUAUGAGAGCAUUCCAGAAGAAGACGCAGACCCCUCAGGCACACCCAACACCCUUGGCCCUGGCAGUCGGUUAGGUCAGAACUUGAGUCGUGGUAGCUCGAUUUCUAAGCAGUCCAGCUGUGAGAGCAUCACAGAUGAGUUCUCACGGUUCAUGGUAAACCAGAUGGAAACUGAGGGCAGGGGCUUUGACCUUCUGCUGGACUACUAUGCAGGAAAAAAUGCCAGCAGCAUUCUGGCUGCAGCUGUGCAACAGGCUGCAUCAAAGAAAAAUGGUCACCUUAAUGUCAGGACGUCAUCCUGCCUUUCAAAACAGUCUAGCACGGAGAGCAUCACAGAGGAGUUCUAUAGGUUUAUGCUUCGGGAUAUGGAUAAGGAAAACAAAGAGUAUGGCAUCGCCAAGACUAAAGAGUGGAGCAACAGCCUCUUCCCCCCUUCUCCUAGAACGCCCUUCUGUAUACGCCAGUCCUCUGUUCCAGAUCGGCGCUCCUCCGACUCACGGUUGACUGUCAACUCACCUAUUAAAGCCAACUCUUUUGACGGAUUUGCCCGCAAUGUGCAUGGAGACACACUCAAUAUCUUCCCCACCAACUCGGUGUCAGCCACAGGACUGUGUAAGUCAGACUCCUGCCUCUAUCAAAGGGGUAAGACUGACCAGAUUACUGAUAUGCUGAUUCAUGAGACCUGGUCAAGCUCCAUUGAGUCCUUGAUGAGAAAGAAUAAGAUUAUUGCUGAUCCAGAGGACAGUAUUGAGUUGGAGGCUGCCGGCGACUCCCAGCCCCAUGUGCAGCAGUUUGCCAAUCGCUUGGCAGCUGACAUUGUAGAUAUUGGCAGGUCUGCACUGGGAGGUCAACAAGAUGUAGCUGGGGGCGCAUCCAUGUCGUUCCAACAGCCACAUAUGCCUGUUGGAGAAAGAAGGAGGGGUUUCAAACAAUCUCAUCUUAGUUGUGGUCGAAGUAGGUCCAACCAGGAGCAGACUGUUUCUGGAGUAGGAUGUGGGACUGGUGACAGCAGUGCACCCCGUGUGAGGGGCCCCAGAGAUGUGCCACUGAUCCACAUUGAGGGAGAUCAAAGGGAUGAAGAGACUAUUUUAAACCCUGAAAGGACAGGAGGAGGACCUCAGGAAACAUCCCCAGACAUGUCAGCUAUGAAGCGUACAGAUAGAGCUACAGCCAACGGCAGCAGCAGUGAGAGGGACAGGCCAGCUGUGGCGGUGGCUGCAAUAGUGAAGAGGGACAAGCGUUCUAUGAGUGCUAGCAGUGAAGAGAGCAUGGGGAGCUGGUCCCAUAUAACCCCCGAGGAUGACCCCCACGAGGAGACCAGUAGUUUUAUCCAUCUGAGCGAGGGGAACGGGACCAGCAGUGCAUCCAGCCUAGGCCUGGCAGACCUGGAUGCUUUCUCUGAUGUGCCCACUCAGAGCACAGUAAUCAGUGAGGAGACAGACAAAGGCCAUCUGGCAAAAACCAAGGAGAGUGUCUUUGAGAGCAAUUCGGCGAGGACAGCAGGCGGCAGGGUGCUGUUGGUGGUAAACUGUGACCUUGAACCUGAGUGUGUGGACUCUGAGCUGAGAGUGGCCCUGCAGUGGAUUGCUGCCUCCGAGCUGGGCCUCCCUGCUCUCUACUUCAAGAAGUCCAAGGAGAAGAAGCUUGCAAAGUUCCAGAGAGUUGUCCAUCUGAUGUCUCAGAAGGCAUGGCGGAUUGCGGAUUUGUUCAGCGCUGUGGUUCAGUUCUGUAAGCAACAGGAGAAUGAGGAAGAGGAGGGCAGGUCUCUGUCCAGCCUGUUUGAUUGGCUGUUGGAGACCCUGUAGGACGGACUUGCUUACUU